GUCUUCCCCUCCUGAACAGAAACGGCGCUACAUAUAAAAGAUGACGCAGUCCUACUUCCGCCCUUCGGCAGCGAAGAAGAAAGGUCGCGGGCUCCGUUCGAACCAAGAAAAGAAGCUGCACGUUUCCCUAAAAUGUCUGGAGGGGAUAAAUUUCAAGACUUUGAGGAGACGCUGGAAGCCCUGGUGGCCAUCAGUAGCAGUCAACCGGAGAAACUGAUAGGAGUGAAGAAUGAACUUAAGGCCCUUGUUGACCAACAUGCGGAGACCAAACAGAUCAUGAUGCAGAUGCUACAAGAAGUGGCUCAGCAUGAGGAGAAUGUUGGACAGAGACUCCUUGAUGUGGAAGAGGAGAAGAAACGAAGAGAGAAGGAGCUGGAUAGUCUGGAGGAGCAGCUGAGACAGUGCACUGCCAAGAGCCAGACAAUGGACUCAGAAUUGCAGUUCCUGCAGAAUGAGUUGGAUAUGCUGAGGAGCUCAGAAGAUGACCUCAACGCUCUUGCGAGGGAAGUGGACGAGGAUACCACUGAGAUCAUCCCGUCCGCAAUACAUGUCGUGAAUCUGUUCCACGUCAUAACAAAGAUCAAGUGGGAAUGCGACACAGAGUCACACAUUCUAAAAGGAGUGCAUUAUGGGAAAGACCUGGCGACACCCAUUCAAAUUGAUACCUCUGUGCAAUCCCCCUGUGACGUAAGCGACAAGUUGUGGCGUUUUGUGAACCCUGAGUGGUAAAUGGUGGUUUUGUGCCUGAUCUGUAAAUGUUUUUCACUUGCAACAGUGGCUAAUAUUUUAAAGUUUUGUUCUGUAGCAAUUAUAUGUAAUAAAGUGGGUGUUUUGCAA